GAAAAAACCGUUGUUGAAAUCAAAAUCCCUAAAUCUGAAAAAUAAAAUAAAAAAUUCGAAUCCCUAGCGCUGCUCUUCUUGUCAACUUUGAUCACCAUGGACGAAUCUGCUGGCAUCAGAAGAGAUCUGAAAUUGCUGGAUUUGAACGAUCGUGUUGUUGCAGACUCUCGGGAACCCAAACCCAAACGAUUGUUGUUCCCUAGGACGACGAUAUCCGUUGAGGGAUAUGACACGAGGCUCUGUGAGUAUGCUCUCAAGCUCGCGCUGAAGAAACACUUCUCUUCAUGUGGAAGGGUCGGACAUAUUAUUUAUGUUCCCAGAGACUAUAAAAAACGAAUCCUCAAGAGUGUUGCUUUCAUGUUCUUGGUUGGAGAAGGUGUCGAAGAAAAGGCAUUGGAACUCAAUGGAACUGACGUGGGAGGAUGGACUGCAAUCGUUAAGGCCGCACCCUCUCAGACAGAAUACAUGGAUCCUCCUUGUCCUGCUAACCAAGCAGAAAUACAUCGGGUCCGCGUUACCGGGUAUGAUACUUCGCUUCCUGAGAUUGAUCUCCAGAUGGCGCUCUGUGAUCAUUUCUCUUCAUGUGGAGAGGUCUUUCAAGUUCGGGUUCUCUCUAGCAUUCCAGUAGCUUGUAUUUAUCUUAGGGGAAAAAGUUGUGUAGUAGACAAGGCGCUUAAACUAAAUGGAUGUAACAUGGGAGGAAUGAAUCUUGUAGUUGAACGUAAUCAGCCGCAACCGGGAGACAUAGUAAUAAAAAGAGAGCGUCUCUGCACUACUACUGGCUAUAUUCUCCCAAGUGUCUUAAUCAAGGCGUCCGAGAAUAAGAAGAAGAAGUUGGAGAUGGAGAUAGAGAUGGAGAUGAAUGAGAAGAAGAAGAAGAAGAUGAAGAUUAAGCUGGCCAAGUUGGACAAGGAGAUUCAGAUGCGUAAGGAGAAUAAGAUGAAGUUGGAUAUGGAGAGGAAGAAGAGGCUAGAGAUGGAGAUAGAGAUGGAGAUGGCUCAAUAAUCUUGAUAUAAUUCAGAAAUUCAGAGAUCUAAACAAGAAUGGAAGCCAUUAUCAGACAAGAGGAACAGAGCAGAUGAGUAACCUUUUAUAGGAAUUCCACAUUAUGUGCUGCUGCUAACCCCAGGAGUCAGAACAUGAGUUUAAGGUUAUAGGCCUAGACUGAACAAUGCAGUAAGACAACUGUUGAUGAUACAUUGCGAUUGGUUUCGGCUUAUGCAGCGGUAUCAGAAAGAGCUUGUGCUCCUCCUUCAUUGUUAAGGCAAACCCAUUGAUAAUACUACCCAGUAUCUCCAAAAGCUCCUCAAUCCCGCUGUCUAAAAUUUUGAUAUUAGUUGUAGUGCAUCAUUGGUUGCAUUAGAUUUACUUCAAACAUGUCAAUAAGAUAACCAGUUAUUUCAAUUUUUAAAUUAACUUUCUCAUAAUUUCUUAUCAAAUUUAGAUUUUGUUGA